AUGCUGUCCACUGUGCAACAGACACUAGCCGUUCUUUCUUUCUUGGUGAUUGGCGCAAGCUGCCAGGUAACUACGACAUGGAACUCAAGGUUCAUUGGUUAUUAUAUCGCUCCUGAUUCUAUCGAGCCACUGUUGGCAGGUGAUGCUUGGGUCACCUCUGGGACAUAUGCAGGCGACUGUAAUACCAGCGGUCGUUGUGCAUUAGCGACAAAAUGUUCAGAUAACCAGUUAUACCUCGAUGACGGUUCGGUGUGGCCCUGCAGCGGAGAAGUGUCAUGCGUUCAGGCUACGAUCUAUGCGACCUCUCCAGCUGGACUCCCAUCUGCGGUUAAUUACGGCUGUCGUAUGAACUGGAAAGCUUACACCAUCUACCGGGAAUUGCCAGCGACAACAACAUCAUUGAGCGCUCUUACAUCCGCAACACCAACCCCACCUAUGAGCGUGACCCCAGCAGAAGUCGUGUCAACAUCGACCGUAGUAGUAUCAGCAUCAUUAUCAAUCGGCGUAUCUACCAGUAGGCUGGAUGUGGUAGAAGCUACUUCUAACCCCGAAUCUGAACUUCGAUCUGGACCUGAACCUGAACGACAAAACAAGGCAUGGAUAGCAGGCGCCGUUAUUGGGCCGGUUGUUGGAAUUUCACUCCUGGUCGUAGCGACUUACUUUUGGAGAAGCAGAGGAAGAGCUAGACAGACUAACAAAGGUAUUGUCGAACUGAACGGAGAGAGCACUAGUUACUCGCACUUGCAGCAGUAUCAUGAGAAAGACACUGAAGGACAACUAGUCGAACUGUCAAGCACACGGAAUCCCGUUGAACUUUCAAGCUCACAACACCCUGUUGAGUUGGAAGCCAACGGACCUCGAUAA